AUGGCCAGUCCAGUGCCUCUCCGGUACACCUCCACCAGCAGGCCCACCCAACAUUUGGUUCAACUUGUCCGUCCAACCCUCUCCAAUCCCUCUUACAAGCUUACGAAAACCCCAUAUAGCGGAGACUCACUCUCAACCACCGGGUUCAACAUCACAGGUCCUCUUCCCAACACACUUAACCCGCUAGGAAACCCACCAUUUCCAGGAGUCACAGAGGUCGGUGGGGAGAACUGGGUCGGCUUCGCAACAGCUUCAUUCAACAACACCGUGGUGUUGACGUACAACUUCGCCAACAGCAAUGCGACAAUCGCCCGUGCAACUCUCACUCCCACUUCCAGUUCUGCCCAACCCUAUGUCACCAGUUUAGUGGACCAAGUCGACCUAUUUCUCAGCUCUGUGGGUAAUGCAUCGGAGAGUGCACCAUGGACAAGUGCAAACGCGUUGUUUUCCAUUUGGAUGGGAAGCCAGGAUAUCAGUCUCGGGUUUAACACUCAACAGGAUCAGUCCAGCUCCUCAGAUACAUUGAUUGCCACAUACUGUACCCAAGUAGAACGACUCUACAACUCCGGUGCCCGCAACUUCCUUUUCGCCAACAUACCACCCCUCGACCGGUCUCCAGCGAUGCUCAACCAAUCAUCCACCACCCAGUCCCUAUUCAAAUCAUCCAUUGACACCUUCAACCUCAACCUCCAAGCCCGACUGGCCUCAUUCCAAUCUGCCCACAACGAUAUACAAACAUUUCUCUGGGACACCAAUGCUCAAAUCGCCAAUAUCCUCGACAACCCACUAUACUUUGAAAUCCAAGACAUAACAUCCUCAUAA